UUCAGGUUCUGAUAUUUCUAUCAUGCCGUAGGCACGCUGAGAUAAGACAUUGUGUUAAAGUAGUUCAUCCCGAAACUAAUCUAAACAUUCACUCACAGACGUCCAGACAGAUGAUUUCUCUUCUCUUACUGGGGCUCGUCGUGGGCCCGUCGGCUGGGCUGACGGUGCCUGUAACCAUGGGCAACCAUUGGACUGGAGGUUUCCAAGGCGAUUUCUGUCUGCCAUUCACUCUUGACGUCACUUCCUGGAAAGCUCGUCUUCAGUUCAGCAUAGCAACAAAGUCUCUUGAGAUCUGGCUAGCUGACAUUGAGUCACAGAGUGCGGACGGUCGCGAGUAUGUGCUGGUCAACAAGCCAUUUAAUGGAGACGAACAUCCGGGUGACAAGCUGUGUGUGGCGUUCCUCGCACACGUUGACGGAGACGUUACCCCAACAGCGAAUGUCAUCGUCGAGAACAUGCCCGACCCCACAACACCACCAUCAACGACAUCGACCACCACUACCACCACCACGACAACCCCAACUACUACGAGGACGCUGGGGCCUGGCGAGACGUGGCCCCCAACGACGACACACCCUCCAAUCACGAAGGGCACUAAGUCAGAGCACGUGCCUCACAACCAGACUUUAACAAUGGAGCUGAUCCAGAACCGGAAUGGUCAGUGGGAGGGUCAGUUCUGUGUGGACCUCAAGGAGGAGAUCCAGGCCUGGGAACUCCUCAUGACAUUCAGUGUCGGUGUCACCAGCAUCCAAAACUACGAAGGUGAUAUAGUUGGAUCAACUUCCGGCUGCUCUAAAAAAUGGGUUAUGGUCAACCGGAAAACCAAAGGCGUCCAUUACGCCGGGGACCAUUACUGUGUCCGGCUGACGGGCAACGUGUGCAGUGGGUCCGGAGACCCCAGCGGAACUGCCGUCCUUGUCGACGUCACCAACGAUGGACAGACGCUGCCUCGUGUGCCAGUUGUUACAGGAGCCCAGACUACCAAGUACAACUAUGCCGAGAUCCUGAUGAAGUCCAUCCUGUUCUACGAGGCUCAGAGAUCCGGGAAACUCCCCGCUGACAACAGGAUCCCCUGGAGGGGGGACUCCGCCCUGGGAGACAAGGGGGCUAACGGGGAGGACCUCACUGGGGGAUGGUAUGACGCUGGCGAUAACGUCAAAUUCAACUUCCCCAUGGCUUUUAGUACAACCCUUCUGACCUGGAGUCUGAUUGAAUACAAGGACGCCUACGAGAAGACGGGCCAACUGGAGAAGAUGUACGAGUGCAUCAAGUGGCCUCUGGACUACUUCAUCAAGUGUCACACCAAGCCGAAUGAGCUGUAUGGACAGAUUGGAGAUGGCGGUGCUGACCACGGCACGUGGACCAGCCCAGAGCGCAUGACCGGAACUAGACCAGCCUUCAAGAUUGAUGCAUCCAAUCCUGGCUCCGAUCUGGCCAUGGAGACCGCUUCAGCCAUGGCUGCUGGUUCCAUUGCCUUCAAAGACAAAGACCCCGCCUACUCGGCCACUCUGCUGACACACGCCAAGCAGCUGUUUGAGUUCGGGAAAGAUCACCAGGGGAAAUACAGUGCAGCUAUUUCCAAUGCCGCCGCUUUCUAUGCAUCCCAGGAUUACGAGGACGAGAACAGCUGGGGAGGUGUGUGGCUGUACAAGGCUACUGGAGAUCAGACCUACCUGGACUAUGCAGAGAAACACUUCGUGAACAAAACCGCCUGGGGGUUCUCCUGGGAUGAGAAGAUCGGCGGUGCUAAUCUCCUGCUGUAUAACCUCACGAAGAAGGACAGGUACAAGAAGGUCGUGGAAGGCACGUUCGUGUCCUGGUUCCCGCAUGGUGAUAUCGACUACAGCCCCAAAUGUCUGGCCUUCAGACUGCAAUGGGGAUCUCUCAGAUAUGCAGCAAACACGGCCUUCCUCGCUCUGGCGGCUGCCGACGCUGGGCUCAGCCCAGACUUAUACCGGAAGUGGGCGAUGACCCAGCUCCACUACGCAUUUGGCGACACCGGAAGAAGUUUUAUCGUAGGGUUUGGCGUUAAUCCACCUGAGAGGCCCCAUCAUAGAGCCAGCUCCUGUCCAAUGUUACCGGCCCCAUGUGAGUGGGAGUCUCAGACCCAGAAGGGCCCCAACCCCCACACCCUGUACGGCGCCAUGGUGGGCGGCCCCGGUAAAGACGACAGCUACAAGGACGACAGAAAAGACUACGUCAAGAACGAAGUAGCGUGCGACUACAACGCCGGUAUGCAGGCCGCUACAGCAGCACUGGAACACCUCGCCCUUGCACACGAACUGCCAACAACGUACAAAGAUGUCUGCCCCUAACCGACAUGAUGAUGUACAUAUAUCACCUGUGUAUCGUGAUAGGGAUCUUGGAUUGAUUAAACAUUGUCACUUUCCAGAAA